CUGCUACCUCCCAACCCUAUUUUUAUAAAUAACUCUACUCACUCAUACUUUUCUUUCCUCACCUUUUGCCAACCCUUUCGUCCCAUAUGAAGCCAUAUAGUAGUAGUAAUACUUGAUACCCCAACAAUGGUGUUUGCGUGUAUGCUGAUCCAUUUCUGCUCAAACAACCGAAACUGAGCUUAGUUUUUGAGCUCUUGAAACAGAUUCUGAUAAAUUCUACAUAGUGUUCACCAUGCUGGGUAUCAUUUCGUUGGUCACAGGGAGGCCUGGACCUAGUGGAUUUGGAUCUGCCUCAACUGCUGAACAGGUUACUCAGGGAAUCGAUGCCAGUAACCUCACUGCAAUCAUCACAGGAGGAGCAAGUGGAAUAGGGUUGGAGACAGCACGAGUGUUGGCUCUCCGAAAUGCCCAUGUGAUUAUUGGUGCUAGGAACAUGGACUCUGCAAAAGAAGCUAAACAAAUGAUACUGGGUGAGAACGAAUCAGCUCGCGUGGACAUAUUGAAGCUGGACCUUUGCUCAGUGAACUCUGUCAGAACAUUUGUGAACAACUUCAUCGCGCUUGCUCUUCCUCUUAACAUCUUAAUAAACAAUGCAGGAGUCAUGUUCUGCCCUUAUCAGAAAACAGAAGAUGGGAUUGAAAUGCAGUUUGCAACAAAUCAUCUUGGUCAUUUUCUCUUGACUAACCUUCUUCUUGGUAAGAUGAAACAAACAGCAAAAGAAAGUGGAAUAGAGGGCAGGAUCAUAAACCUGUCAUCAAUUGCUCAUGUCUACACUUACGAAGAAGGGAUUCGCUUUGAUAACAUCAACGAAGAAGACGGAUACUCUGACAAGAAGGCAUAUGGACAGUCCAAGUUAGCCAACAUAUUACACGCAAAAGAGCUAUCUCGUCGCUUACAGGAAGAGGGUGCAAACAUGACGGCCAACGCUGUCCACCCAGGGGUGAUAAUGACUCCUCUCAUGAGACACUCUUCUUUACUUAUGAAUUUUCUGAAGAUGUUUACCUUCUUCAUAUGGAAGAACAUCCCGCAGGGAGCAGCCACAACGUGCUUUGUUGCUCUACACCCAAGCUUGAAAGGGGAAUCUGGGAAGUACUUUCUGGAUUGUAAUGAGUAUCAGCCAAGUGCACAAGCCUCAAACCAACUCUUAGGUAGAAAGCUCUGGGAUUUCAGCAACAAAUUCAUCAACUCACUUUCAAAAGCUUAAAUAAUAAUUUCACCAAUAAUACACCCACCUGUGUUUUGAUAUUAAGUUAAUGAAAAUGUUCUACAUUUUUAACCAAAAAACUUCUGAAAUUCUUGUAAUUUGUAUCCAAAACAGUUAAUUCAUAAUCGAUGUAUCAAAACCCGCUACGCUAAUUACCUACAGAGCAGUUAUAUAAUCGUAAGUUCUAAAUAUGAGGGAAGAUAUUUCCCAAACA